AUGGCCUUUGAGAAGAGGAUCGGCCUGAAACGGAGCUGUUGUGUGUGGAGCAGUCAAGUGAUCGUGCCGCAGAGGGUGAGUGCUGUGCUAGGGAAGAAUGUGACGUUAGAGUGCGUGGUGGAGGUGGGCACAAACCUCACGCUCACUCAGAGUUCCUGGGAGCGCCGUCUGCCUUCAGGCUCCGUCACAGUGGCUGUCUACAACCCCGAGUUCGGCAUCUCCAUCCCGCCAGAGUUUAGCAAUCGCCUGUAUUUUCGCUCACCGUCCUCUCACGAUGCCACCAUCGUACUGGAGAAUGUGGGCUUUUCUGACGUGGGCAUAUAUACCUGUAAGGUUGCUACAUUUCCACUGGGGAACACUCAAGCCUCCACGACCGUUAGUGUACUCGUGGAGCCGAAGGUUUACGUGUCUGCAGGAUCAACCGCCCUGAUCGAUGGUGGCAAUGAAACUGUGGUGGCCACCUGUAUUGCAGAGCGGGCCCGGCCCCCCGCUGAGGUGUCCUGGGAAUCCAACCUUUUCGGCCGGUCAGAAGUGCAACUAUUUGAUGAAGCGAACGGCACCACAAGCACACAAGUGCGCUACCUCUGGCACCCCACACGCCACGUCCAGGGCCACACACUUACCUGUGUUGUCCGCCACCCGGCACUGCAGAAUGAUUUCAGGAUCCCCUACCAGCUCAAUGUGCAGUUUGCUCCUGAUAUCUCAGUCGUGGGGUAUGAUGGAGACUGGUAUGUGGGCCGGGAAAACGUUCAGAUGAUGUGCAAAGCCAACGCAAAUCCACCAGCUCAUCACUUCAGAUGGAUCAGAUUGGACAGUGAAAUGCCACAAGGAGUGGAAACGAUAAACAGCACCCUGCUCUUCCUGCGUCCCCUCCAGCGCAAUGACUCUGGAGUUUACAGGUGUGAGGUUGCCAAUGACAUCAACCUCCGCAGUCGGGAUGUGCGCAUUCUCAUACAAGAUCCUCCCACCAUGCCUUCCACCAUCACUGCUCCUGUCCUAACCGGUUCUGCCUCCUCCACCUUAGUGGAUGAUAAGCACCAUGUCCUCCGCAGCUCUCCCACCCUUGAAGCCCUACCUGAGGGUAAUCUGGGUUCCAUAGUGGGUGGGGCUGUGGGUGGGGCCUUGUUCCUACUUCUGCUGCUGUGUCUGGUGGGCGUGUGUUACCUACGGAAACAGCAGACCUUUCACGGGAACUACUACACCAAGCAGUACCUGGGCCCCAAUGACCUCCAGAAAGCCCCCGCACAUCACGAGCUCCAUCCCACCAAAGCUGGCAGCAGCUCCCACCAUCAGGACCACGACCGAGAGGAGUGGGGAGGCCGGGAGCUUAAACACGGGCGCGACCGUCAUCACCAUAGCAACUAUAACGGAGAGGAAUAUCCCUCUAAUGGCUACACUAGGGCGAUGAGGGAGAGCAGCCACCACAACAGUCAGCAGAACCACCACCAUGAACACACACAGUAUUCUAGUCCACGGCAGGCCAGAUGUGCCAGAUACCCUCAUCCGCCCAAGCCACUGGAAAAUGGCUCCCCCUACAUGUCAGACGACUGCUACGAUAGCGGGCCCGAGGGCGACUAUGUCUCUCACAUGGAUGGCUCGGUCAUCUCUCGUAGGGAGUGUGCCACACAAUCACAGUUUUACACCGUGCUGCUGAUUGACCAAAGCUGGCUGUUCUUGGACAGCAUGGAGCAACAGUCUCAGGCAGAGAGGUCAAACACUAUUGCCGUGGCCGGAGCUGUGAUGGGUGCGGUCCUUGCUCUCUUCCUCCUCGCUGUCUUCAUCAUCGUGAUCCUCACUGCUCGCAAGGCCUCGACAACAGCCUUCACUGACAAAGUGAUUGACCUUCCUCCGACACACAAGCCGCCCCCUCCCUACUCUGAGAGAGCACCGGCUGUUCCUCUGGGUGUCCACGCAUCGCAGGUGGCCUGGCUGUGUCAGACUCGCAGGGCCGAUCGCAGGUACGAGCUGACUGAGAGGCAGCAUCCACCCGCAGCAAGGCCAGGACCGCCGGGGACUCAAAGCCACACCCAGCAGCUGUCCGGCCUGCAGUGGGUUUGUCAUCAGAGUGGGACAGACCAGGUGUACAUCAACCACCGUGAACACUAUGUGUGA